AUGGUCGCUACAUUAUCGGGAGCGACGGCGGCUGCCACCACCCAAAUUCUAAACGACGACGUGCUGACGGAGAUCCUGCUCCGCCUCCCGCCCGGAGCCGUCCGCCGCUUCCGUGCCGUCUGCAAGGCAUGGCACCGCACCACCACCGGCCCCGCCUUCCUCGCCGCCUACGGCCGCCGCUGCACCGUCGACGAUCUCAUCGUCGUCCAGCGCCACGGCGUGAGCAGCACGCUGCUGGACACCAUCCCCCUCCUCGCCCUCGACGAGACGAGGCGCCGGUGCCUCAACGUUAGGUACCCCGAGUACACGGGACCCCCGGAACACUGCUGGAGGGGCUACUCCUUGAUCGGUUCUUGCGACGGGCUCCUGCUCUUCCAGAGAGGUUUUGGAAUCGAUUACUUCAUCUACAGCCCGGCGACACGGCAAUGGAGCAAGCUGCCUCGUCCGCCGGGCACCAGUAUCCUGGUCUGCGGCUUCUACCUUCACGGGCCAUCAGGCGAGCACCGGAUCCUGUACUUCACCGACGACCAACACGGAUCGCACUAUGUUUCCUCGCUCCAAGUCGCCGGCGGCGGCGAGGCCCGCCGACUGGGACCAGCGCGCGCGGUCAUCCAAUACUACGCCACGCCUCCCUUUCGUAACCUCAACUGUCGCGGCAAGCUCCACUGGCUGUAUCAUCCCUGGGUCCUGUUUCCAGACGAUGUGCCUGGCCAAGUGGUGCACGAAGACAUGAUCUUAACGUUCGACACCGUGGCAGAGACGUUCCGACGGAUACCUCGCCCGCCACGGAGGAGGGACGACCGCACCUACGAGGAGCUCAGCUUGCUGGAGAUGGACGGGAAACUCGCCAUGGCGGCCAUUUACGAUGGAUUCAUGGACCUCUGGGUGCUGGAGGACUACGACAACGACGAGAGCUGGGCGCGACGGCUCUUGGUCCGCUUGCCGCCAGCGCUGCGGCAGGCAACGCUGGCGAUCAAGCCAGGUGUGGAGGAUCAAAAUGUGAUUCUUUUGGGAGACUGCAGGAACUACACGCUGGGACUGUACCAUCUGAUGAAGAAAAGGAUGUUGAAGCGAAUCCAAUUAUUUACUACUGAUGAUGAUGAUCAGCCAGGGAAUUUUGUUCCUCACACCCCGCUGCAUAUUCUUGUGUUCCGUGAUAGCCUUAAGCGUCACUCGUUCCUCGACUCUCUAGGAUCCUAA